AAGGAAAGGUUUGUGACCGUUGUCGUGACCUACUUCGCAGACUUCUCCAUUUAGAGAGGGAGGAGGGCAUGAGCGACGAACGAUCUUUGAGAGGCGGCCGUUCAAUCUUCAAUCUUCAACCUGCGUCUCUGAAGAAGAAGACACCUUUGAUGUCUUGGAAGUGAAAGAGCGUUAGAAUUGGUGAGGUUGUUGAGAUGUAGUCGGGUCUGUGCGAGGAAGUGAUCGAGAGACGAAGUUGGCCUCUCGGGGACGAUGGCAGAAGGUGAGACUGUGGGAGAGCUUCAAGAGGUUUAAUCUGUUGAUUGAUUGUGCUAGAAAAUCAGGAAGCAGGGAAGUUUUUGGUAGGAACUACACGGAGUGUGAUGGCACAUGACGAAGUAUGUUCCAAGUAAUGUUUAGAAAUUCUGCAACUGAACCAGUGAUGGCACUGAUUCAGCAGUACAAACAUGGCAAUUCAAUAUUUAUUCACAAAUGGAUCCUGUGAUGAUAAUAUGGUACACUUAGAAAACUUAAUGGAUGGGCUCCUAACUCUGGAGGACUUUUCAGAGGAUGAGGUGAUGCCUCUAACGGCUCUAAGUUACAAGUAUGAGGUACGCUUAAAAAUAUAUGUGGAAAGAAACAAUAUAUUUGUUGAUAAAUAAUACGUAGUAUGUCUUUUAUCGAAAGAAAAUAUCUUCCCGUAUCAUUUUUAUCUUUGCCCUUGGCAUUGUUUGGGAUCCGAGCAUAUCCUUUAAAUUUGUCUAUGACUCUAUGUCUCUAUGUGGAUUCAUCUUCCUAUCAAAUGUACAGGUCACGCGCAGGCAUAGUUGUCAUGAAGCAUGGCGACAUCCAUGGCGCACAAGCCAUUUUUCAUGGCGAUGGCGCAAAUAUGGCGUCGCCACGUGACAAAAAAACUUCAAAAGAAAUGAUAGACACUAUAAUUCAUCAACCCAACCACCAAAACAUGAAAAAAAGUUGAAUAACAACAUUCUAAUCAAAACAUGUGAAGUUAAAAUUGUUUAAAGUACUUCCAAAAAACAUAAUAUUCAAAAAAGUUUCAUGUCUUGCAAAAUAUGUUAGGAUUUAGGCUUGUUAGCUUGUUUUUGUUUGAUGGUUAUGGCAUAAUCAUCAUCAAUCAUCGCACUCCUCAUCAUCGAACAACAUCCCCAGUAUUUUCAUCGUAGGUCGUUGUUGUUUUUUUCGUUCCGUUUCUCACAAAACUCCUUAGCGAAGGCAGUAGACGUCUUCUGCAAGUUAAAAGAGUAAAAACUGAAUCAGCUUUUAAAUUUCUGAUACUUGAGUGUUUAAAAUAUAAAUUUCAAGUUUAAACUGAACAUCAGAAGGCUUUAAAUUUGAGAAGGCUAAAUGCAGGUGUGCUAAAUACAGGCUAAACUGAAAUGCAGGCUAAUUUCAGAAUCCUAAACUGAAUUUGAUAAAUGUUAGUAAACUGAAUUUCAGUUCUUAAGUUAAGUUCUAAACUGAAUUUGAUAAAUGUUAGUAUGUUACUAAACUGGAAUUCAGUUUAGACAUGCAUUAAGAACUAAAUUUA